GCGGCUUAUGGCCUUCUAGGCAGAAGAUGUUAAAUACGGAUUCUUUCUCGGGUGUAUUGGCACUGAUGUGAAGACAGAGAAUUAUCAAAGUAUCAGCUUCUCGAGUCAGUUUUGCUUGGUAUUCAACACUAUGCGCCAGUUCAUCUUUUUUCUUGCCCUAUUCGGGACGCUUCUUGGCAAGGCCCUCGCCCAACAGGAAGUUGUCUUCGACUGUUCCCAAAUGCCCUCCGUCUGCACGAACAUGUGCUGGGGCAUCUACUGCGCCUUCGGCAACCACGACUCCGAAGCCCUCCUCACCUACGAUGCCCCGGACGACGAGACCGCCAGACAACGCCGCAUAAGCGCUGGCUGCAACCCCAGCGGAAACCGCUGUGCAGGAGGCCCUUCAGACGCCAAUAGUUGUGAUGAGUACCCGUUCGCCACGACGCGGGAGGCGGACCAGGUUGCGCAGAUUAGUCGAUGUGUCCCGCAGACUGAGAAUUCUCGCCAAGGCCAACGCCUCCAGGAACUCUACAGCCACCUCAACACCCCCGAGAAAUUCAUAAUCGGCUUCACGCGCACCGACGCAGCCGGCGUCCAGUUCUGCAACUACAACGACGCCUGCAAGAACGACGGAACGAUCUACCAAGAAGACGACGUCGCGCCGAAUCCACCGAAUAAUGCUGCUGUCAGAUUGAAGUAUCGGUACUUGCUCGAGAGUGGCGUGGAGUAUGUAUCUCAUGUGCAAUCACCGGCUGGGAAGAUGGUUAAGAGGCUUAUUGCUGUUGAGGGGAGUGAGACUGAGACUGAGACUGAGACUGAGACUGAGACUGCUGAGGAUGAAGAGGACCCGGAGGGGUGGAUGUGGGUUGAGGAUUAUAUCUACCGCCGACUCGCGCAGGAUGGGGAUGAGGAGGAUCCUGACUGGGUGGUGGACUAUAUCUAUCGUCGGAAUGCGCAGGAAGAUGAGACGGAGACUGAUACUGGGGAUGUGAAUGGGGAAGAAUCGGAGGAAGACCCAGACUGGGUGGUGGAUUAUAUCUACCGGCGACAGGAAAAUGAGACUGACACUGAGGCUAUUGAUGGGAAGAAAGAAGGAGAGGAUCCAGACUGGGUGGUGGACUACAUUUAUCGUCGAAAUGCACAGGAUGAGGCAGAGGCUGGUACUGGGGCUGUGAAUGGGGAGAAGGAUGAGGAGGAUCCGGAUUGGGUGGUCGAUUACAUUUAUCGGCGGAAUGCGCAGGAUGAUGAGGGUCAGACUCAGACUGAGACUGUUGAUGGCACAGGAUGAAGAGAAGGAGAUUGGGGCUGCUGACGGGGAGGGGAAGGGCAAAGAUCCGGACUGGGUGGUUGAUUAUAUCUAUCGCCGACAGGAUGAGACGGAGACUGUUGAUGAGAAGGAAGAGGGCAAGGAUUCAGACUGGGUGGUUGAUUAUAUCUAUCGUCGGGAUGCACAGGAAGAUGAGACGGAGACUGAUACCGGGGCUUUUGAUGGCGAAGGGCAGGGAGAGGAUCCAGACUGGGUGGUAGAUUAUAUCUACCGGCGACAGGAUGAAGGGGAU